AUGCCGUGCGCUGCUUGUGGACAGGAGGCUGGCGUGAUAGAGUGGAAAUGGGAUCCGCUGAGGUGGGAGCUCGACCCGCCUUGCACGCAGGCGGAGUGGAAGUACUUGGCUGAUGCCAACGGUGCGCCCGAAGUCAUGGAGACUCAGCAGUGCAGCUACAUGAACAAGAUAUGCCGGGGCUGCUACAACUCGAGGCUUCCGAUCAUGGCCAGAGUGAAAACCAGGAUCAGGGCCAACGGUGGCUUGGAGGAAAUGCAGCCUUCCUUGAAGAUGCGCAAGGACUACGAAGCUGCCCACGACGCAGACCUGAUAAAGAAUCGGCCUGCAAAGAUUGACGGCUUGCAGAGCGCCAGCGCAGCUCAUCUGAAUGGGCAGUUGUGCAGGUUGGUGUCCAGAGACGCUGAGUCGCUGAGAUGGACCGUGGAACUGGUCGGCGGCGACCAGAAAUCGAUCAAAGAGUCCAACCUGACCGCUUCGAAGGACAUCGACCUGGAGUGGGAAGUGAGCCGGCAGCAGUACGCUGCCAGCAACCCUGCUGAUGCUGCCCAGACUGACGGAAAGCCAGUUGCAAGACCUUUGGGGACAAACACCAGCUGGCCAAAGGUCAAAGGCAUUCAUCCAGGGGCUGUGGUUCGCCUACAGAACCUGGUCGCGAAGCAGGACCUGAAUGGGCGCAAGGGCAGGUGCAUCAGCUUCGACACGGAGGUUGGCCGAUGGAAGGUCGACCUCGGGGAUGAGCAUAAGUCACUCAAAGUUGAGAACUUGGUACCGGCUCCUGGGGAGAAGCCUCCGACCCGGCAGAGUGCCGAGGCUGAGAAAGCAGCAGGCGACGCCGAAGCAUUGAGGAGACAGGCUUUAGAUGCUCGUCAGAGGCAUGCGGAGGAUUACGGUUGGGACAGUUGA